UCAGACCCGCGUACGACGCGCAACGCAACAACAACAUUCGUCGCGCGCGCUGCAGUGCUUUUGCGCUAUUAUAGCGUAGGCGUAUUAUUAUUGUACACGUCGCAAUCGCCGUUGUACGCACGACGCGGUUUUCGGUUCGCACCGGCUGACGACGGUUUACGUUAAACGCGACGACCAAGACGCAUCGCCGCCGGAAUUGACCUAGUUAUUUUUUCGCGUCGUUCGCACACCAUCCGCGGGUUUUUCGGGGUUUUUCGGGGUUUUUCCGUUUUCGUUUUGAGCCCCGCCACCGCCUCGUCGCGCCGACGUCCGCCCGACGACGUAAAACCUACGUAAAUUGCUCAACAACCGUCGCCCCGCCGCCGUACCCUACCCGCAAUAAUUAUUAUAAUAGGUACGACACAGCCAUCGUGUGCCCGCCCGAACGACGGGGCGCGUGCUUUUGCAGUGGCGUUGUCGCGCGCGCACGCACGCACGCACACACGCACACACACAAACGCACGCACGCACGGUUUACCGGACAGGACUGUACAGCCGCUCACCUGCACGCAAACCGCGGUGCAUUCACUUCGGACGGGGCGCGUGCUGCGCUUGAUCUGCGACUGAUCACCGGGACACGCGUUAGUUCGUUAGAUGUAAUAACAUUCCAGAUGACGAUUUGACAUUGCGAUUGAAACCAUACUGCCUUGCCGCUAUGGACAUAACAUGGCCGAAGACUAUUGGCAUGCCGGUAGCAGAUUUAUGGUGUCUUUGUCGUCUUUGUUGUUAUUGCUGUUAUCGGUAUGCGCCAGUGCUCAGAGAACGCUGUCUUCGUCCGGAUGUGACAAGACGUUUGUGAGCAACGACGGUCCUCAGAAUGGCACGUUCCAGGCCCCAGAGUUCACUAACGUCUACGGCGAGUCCAGAGUGUGCGUUUUCACGUUUGUGGCUGCUUCGCACCAAAAAGUCUUUGUAUCGUUCACCGCGUUCAAGCUCCGAAGUACACCUCCAGAAUGCGUGCACGAAUACGUGGAUGUAUACUCGGAGGUUCAACAAGUCGAUACGGAGGACUUGAUAAAUUCGCCAUUUGGAGGUAGAUACUGCGGUCUUAUACCACCUAGGGACCGGACGUCGUUGUACAGAACUGUAGCGUUUAGUUUUUACACAGACAAGAACACGACCACGUCAUCGUUGUUCGAAGGCUAUUAUAUGUUCAGCAACGAUUCCGCAUUCCAACUGGGAACGCCGUCGCCAAUCAGCCCGUGUUCGUUCGUCGUGAACUCAAAUGUGAAAAAAGUAGGCACUAUACUCACGCCGACGUACCCUGGUAUAUAUCCCAAAGGAAUGAAAUGUACAUACUUAUUUCACGGACAAGCCAACCAGAGGGUGCGGUUAGAAUUCCGAGACUUUGACCUAUUUUAUGGAGGUCCACACUGUCCUUUUGACAUUGUAAGCAUUUAUGACGGAUUAAAUGCUACUAGCCCUUUGAUCGGCCAAUAUUGCGGUCAACAACGAAAUUUAGUGGUAUACUCAACUAAAAAUUAUUUAUACGUAACUUUCGACACACUUCAUAGGGCGGCGAACACGCAAAACCGUGGUUUCAAAGGCAUGUUUGAAUUUAGCGAAAGUUUUGUCAAACUCGAUUUUAUCGGGGUAAACGAUGGAGAACAUGUUCGAGGCACCGAAUGCGAUCAAAAAGUGUUAAGUAAACGUACCUCGACGGGAUUUAUAUAUAGCCCUAACUAUCCGUUUCCGUACAUCCCAAAAAUCGUAUGUCGGUAUUUUGUUUAUGGUCUCGAAGGUGCACAAGAUUUGGAAAGAGUUAAGCUGGAAUUCCAAAAAUUCAAUAUACCCAAAGCACAAGUUAACGAACAGGAAUGCACGGAUGGUUACUUAAAGCUAUACUUGAGAGGUCAAGAAGCCAUGGAUUUGUACGAUAAGUUUGACUACGAAAUGUGCGGUGACGAGGCCGAUGAAAAGGUAGUAAUAAGUGAAGGCGCUAGACUAGCAAUGGUUUUCAGCAGUGGCGAAAUGCAUGGUCGAGGUUUUAAAGCCAAAUAUACGUUCGAAACUGAAUAUCUUAUACCUGGAACGGCUGCACCGAACGGAACGUGUCAUUUUACUUACCGCAGUGAGUCUAAGAAACGAGGAGAUUUCAACUCGCCCAGACAUCCGGCCAACUAUCCCAACGGUCUGAAUUGUACGUUUCUAUUCUUAGCUACGCCCAACGAACAGGUCACCGUGAUAUUCGAUCAGUUCAAAAUCAAAGUUGACGUAACCAACAUUUCAUUAGUUCAAUUUGGGGUGUUUGUUUGCAAGGAGGACUGGCUCGAAAUAUAUAACAUUUACAAAGAUGGUACUGAGAAAAUCGUCGGUAGAUAUUGCGGUAUGACAGCGCCUGGACCGUUGGAAUCUAAUCGGGGCGCGAUUGGUCUAAAGGUGCUACUGCACACAAACUCGGAAGGUGUCUCUAGUGGCUUUAAGGCCAGAUAUUUUUUCGACGAAGCUAAGCCGAUAUUUGGUGAUUGCGGUAGUAAUAUCAGUAAUGCAGAUUCUGGAAAGGUGCAGAGUCCGAAUUUCCCGCUCAAAUAUACUGCACCGGAAAAAGGAAUGCCGAGCAGAACGUGCAAUUGGUUUAUAAACGUUAGGCCCAAUUACAAAAUACUGCUCAACUUUGUCUCGUUCUCGGUGGAAGGAGAGCCGGCAACUAGAGGCUGUGCGACGGCCGUUGUUAGACUUUGGCCAUCUGUAGAAGAACCACCGUUGGAGUUGUGCGGUGAAAAGCCCAUUGAGUCGUGGCAGUUUCUCUCCGAAUCCAAUCAGUUUAGGAUAAGUUUUGUCGUGGCCGACAAAUCUGGCAACGGCACCGGUUUUGCUGCGACCUGGACUGAAGUAUUGGACAAUUCUGACUCGUGUCCGGGGUUUCAAUGCGAAAACUCGAGUUACUGCAUAUCCAAUCAGUUGAGAUGCAACAACGUGAUGAAUUGCGGGUCCAACGACGUGUCAGACGAGACCAAUUGUGCGAUGGAACCGGAAGCCAUGGACAACGUGGUGCUAUCGGCGGUGCUGACCAUGUGCACAGUGCUAGCGCUGAUGUUGGCCGGAUGCCUGUGCUGCCGGCGGCGGUCGGGCUCCGGCCGCCGCGAUCGGUUCCGACGGGGCGUCGGGGGCGGCGUGGGAGUCGCGGGCGGCGGAUACAACCGGCACCGGCGGCACCACCAACACCAUCAUCAACACCACCACGAGCCCCGGCCGCCGUCGCUCCGGUCGCUCAGCCCUACGCCGUCGUCCGGCCAACACGUGUGCGACGAACUGGGCGAGCGGUUCGCCAGCGUGGACAGCGUGUGACGUCCACUGGAGUAUCCCCGCCGCCGUCGCAAUUGCCGCAACCUCUUUCGACAACAACAACAACAACAACAACAACAACACCACCGCCGCCGCCGCCGCCGCUGCCGCCGAGACCGCGAUGAUCACCGCCAGAAUCCUGCUCUUCCUUCUCAGCAGCAGCAGGAGCAGCAGCAGCAGGAGCAGCAGCAGCAGUAGUAGUAGUAGAGCCCGUUUCGUCCCGGCCACGCUCCCCGUCGCGACUUCUGCGCAGCGGUUGCGGUGGUCGAUCGUGCCACUGCGACCGCAUC